UUUGCUGUGAGCAUGUGUACACGUCUCUUCCCCGUUUCUCAUCACUCUCUCGUUGAACUCUGCCUUCCAUCAGCGAAUAUACAAUCACAUCUAAGCUCCUCUUGGCGUUUCUCACUGUAUAACUCUGGUGUGUUUUACUCACAGAUGCUCAGUGUAAAACCACAGCCAAGGCUGAUAUCGUCCUGCUGGUUGAUGGAUCCUGGAGUAUCGGCCGUUUGAACUUCAAAAUCAUCCGGGCUUUUAUUUAUCGCAUGGUGGGCGUCUUUGACAUCGGCCCUGACAGGGUUCAAAUCGGUUUGGCUCAGUACAGCGGGGACCCCAAAACUGAGUGGCAUUUGAACGCUCAUGCAACCCGUCAAUCUCUGCAGGAUGCUGUGGCCAACUUACCCUACAAAGGCGGAAAUAAAAUGACGGGUAUGGCCUUGAACUACAUCCUACAGAACAACUUCAAGGCAAAUGUGGGUAUGAGACCCGAUUCUCGUAAGAUUGGUGUCCUUGUUACCGACGGCAAAUCUCAGGACGAGAUUGUAGUGAAUUCUCAGAAACUGCGUGACUCUGGCAUUGAGCUCUAUGCCAUCGGUGUGAAGAAAGCAGAUGAAAAUGAGUUGCGAUCCAUUGCCACCGACCCUGAUGAUAUUCACAUGUACAACGUCAACGACUUCUCCUUCCUGUUGGACAUUGUGGACGACCUCACUGUUAACCUCUGUAACAGUGUUAAAGGCCCAGGCGGUGGCCCAGGGACACCCACUGACCUUGUGACUUCCGAGGUCACACACUACUCUUUCCGUGCGACCUGGAUGCCACCUGACAAGCCAGUGGAGAAGUUUCGCAUCGAGUACGUCCCCGCCGCUGGAGGAAAUACUGAAGUGAUGUUCGCUGAUGAUGAAGAAAACACAGUUGUCCUGGUCAACUUGACCCCCAUGACCGAGUAUGUUAUCAAUGUCUAUGGAGUGAUUGGUGAGGAGAGCAGCGACCCUUUGAAAGGAACCGAAACCACAUGUAAGUUGAGCAGAUCAAAACCUCUCCUUCUGUUUAUGUGA